AAACAUGAAAAUUCAAUUAGAAUUAAUUAUUCGAAAUGUGCAUAUUGAUAAUUAUAGCACAAAUGUUAAUUUAUACUAAUGUAAUCACGUCAGAUUUAGACGAAGUAAUGUACGUUAAUAAUCCUAUAGAAGCUGGAUUACCUGGUCAUUGGGUACCUCUGAGUGUUAUCAAAAGGGUUAUUGAAAUGCGUGCAUCCGCAGUAAAUUACUGGACAACGCGGAAAGUCAAAUUAAAACAUUUCACAAUACCUUUAUCAUACUUGAAAACAAGUAAAAUUAAACAUAAAACUACAAUUAAACAUAAAAUAAUUACUACAUCAAAAGAUAUCAAUUCACCAAAUGAUUUAACUGGAAAAAGUAUCAAAAUUGAACCAGAAAUUUGGAAUAAUAUAGAUAAGAAAACUAAACGAUUAGAAUAUACAACUAUAACAGAAGCAAUAGUCAAGGAAAAUAUUGUGCAAAAUUCUACUGCGGAAAUCACAAAAACAAAUAAAACAUAUAAUGAAAACACUGAUUCAACAACCAUAAAUGCUAUAACUAAUACAACAAUCAGACCAUCAAAAAAAGCAACUAAUGCAAUCAAUGAAGUAACCACGCAAUUAGAUAAUGUAACAAACAUUCCAAAAUCUUUAACUACAUCCACAUCGAUAUCUCUUACUGAAAGUUUAACCAAUGAAGUUGUAUCUUCAACAUUACAAAUAUCUAAGUCAACUGCAAGCAUUACUCCAACUUAUAAACCGACUAUCGGUACUUCUGCAGUCAUCCCCGAUCCUUCUGAACCGAUUACAAGUACUACUACAAUAUCAGAUACUUCUGAACCGAUUACAAGUACUACUGAAAUUUUACCAGUUACUUCUGAACCGAUUACAAGUACUACUGAAAUUUUACCAGUUAUUUCUGAACCGAUUACAAGUACUACUGAAAUUUUACCAGUUACUUCUGAACCGAUUACAAGUACUACUGAAAUUUUACCAGUUAUUUCUGAACCGAUUACAAGUACUAGUUCAACGAUACCAGAUACUUCUGUACCGAUUACAAGUACUAGUUCAAUGAUACCAGAUACUUCUGAACCGAUUACAAGUACUAGUUCAAUGAUACCAGAUACUUCUAAACAGAUUACAAGUACAACAAUUAUAACAAAGACUUCUGAACCGACAACAGCAACGGCUACUCCAAUUGUAACAUCCACACAAUCGACAGUAACAACAGAAGAAUCGUCUGAACGGUCUGAUACUGGAAAUCCAUUUUAUUAAAAUUCCACUAUUUAUCUUUGUAUUUCUACAUUUCUUUCAGUAAUCAUUGAUUCCCGGUCAAGCGGGU